GAAAAAAAAGUUGUGGUUCAUUUCGGUGCACGGAAUAUUUACGCAUUUUUCGGAUGAAAAUCGUUGUUCCCGGAGGUUAAUUGUCCACGAUGAACCGAGCGCAGGUAGCCAGUGUGCUGGAGGAGCUGCGGAAAUCCCAGGACAAGUCCACGGCCUACCGGAAACUAGUAAAAAUUCGCACCGAGAUCAUCGAAACCGAAACGGGAACGCAACACUUUAUCGCCCUGAAUGGGAUCAAGCUGCUGGUCGGAUGGCUGGCCAAGCCCUACGAGAAAGUGCUGGAGGUGGUCCUGAGCAUCCUGGGAAAUUGCUGCAUGCGGAAGGAUUGCGCGAAACAGGCUUUCGAACAGGGAGUUUUGACCCCGCUGAUUUCCAUUAUCUCCAAUAUUCCCAAUCCGGCCAUCCAAUGUCGGGGUUGUCGUCUGUUGGGUAAUUUGGCUCAGUUCCCGGCCGUGAGCUACGCUCUAGGAAAAGAUUGUAACAACACUGCCUACGCACUGAGCUCCAUUCUUACCGAGUCAGAUAAUACUGCCGUGCUGAUAAUGGCUAUCCGUGCCAUUCGACAGCUGUGGAACGAGAAAGCAAUCCGCAACCUGAUGACCAAUCAGGGAUGCAUCAAGCGUAUAGUCAGUUUAUUGGUCAAGUUCGCAAGGAACGAAACUAAGCUGGACGGUGCCGAAGAGGCAGAGGAGGCUGAACUCGGGGACGAAACCGAACGCGUGGUUAUCAAACGAAUGCAUGCUCCGGAUCGAACGGUCACAAAGGAAAAGUUCAAAAACAUCGUCAAACACAUGGAGGGAAGUCACCUGUGCGACAUCGUCGGCUAUCAACUGAUCAAGAGCUAUCGAUGGAAAGAUUCGCAGGAUUUCAAGAUGCCGGAAGCAAAAGAAACCGUCGAGUUGUUCAUCGGAGUGCUCAAGUGUUUACAGAUCGUGACCACCACUGCCAAUGCCCAGGUAGCUCAGGAAAUAUUCGACGAAACAGGCAGUGGUAUUAAAUGUUUGGUAUUCCUCUGCUCAGAAAGCAGUAAAUAUCGGGCACUAGCACUGAAGGUGGUGUUCAAUCUAGCAUCGAAUCCAUAUGCUAUCGAUAAGCUAACGUCGUGUGAUGUUAUAACCAUGGCGUCAGAUCUGAUGAUGUAUGCCGAUUUGGAUGAUUCCGAGAAACGAUACUGUACCAGUGUUAUUUGUUUGCUAGCCAAGGAAGCUUGCAAUCGAGGACACAUCCGACGAAGUGGUGCAUUGAAAACGCUUAUGAAGGUCGCCAAACAGUGUCAAGACAAACGUGAUUUGAGUAUGAUCCUGUACGCUCUCUAUCAGUAUCGGUUCGACAGCUUGAGUUACGAUAUUUUACUAAGUAAUGGACUGGUAAGCUUUUUGGUGGCAGUUUUAGACGACAUAAUCGCCGAUAAACAAGCCAAUCAUAUCAAACACGACGAUGAAGAAACCAUGAAUACCAGUAUCUACUCGAAACGGAAAUCCAGCAGCCAGAAGGCGAACUUAAAGCGUAGCGAUGAAUUGUUCAACUUCAAGGGCUCGAAUUACUAUCGACAAUCGAAGAUGGCAAAACUGGAUCCAUACUGUUCGAUACCAGAGUCUCCGGAGAGUGGCAGUAGUGGUUACUGCAGUAAUAGCUAUAGGAACCCAUCUAGCUCAUCGUCGAGUCCAGCCAGAAGCGAAGAGAAUAUCGAAGAUGACUUUGACGACAAUGAUAUUUAUUCACCCGUUUGCAGCGACACUGAAGCAGAACCCGAAGAAGCAAUCGCAUCAAGGGCACCCAUUGAAAGGUCACAACCGACGCUAGAAGUCAACGAAGAUACCACGGAAGAUGCCAAGUCGUCCGAAUUUGACAUUCUAGCUUUUCUUCAUGAUGACAAUUCCAACACAUACCUUCCUGGUGAAUCAAUCGCUACCGAAAUGGAUCGAGAUGACGCUGACGAUGCUCAGGUUUCCAGGAUCGAAGGUCGGUUGAAAAGCCAGUGCAGCUUCGACGACACCAUAGACGAUAACGAAAUACACGACAUCGAGCUGGAAAUAGUAUCGUCAAAAGCGUUCGAAAAAAAUCCAAUGCAACCGAUCCUAACGCUGCUGUGGUCGAUUUCGAAAUCGCACCGUGGGCUGGAGUUCGUACAUUCCGGUACCCUGAAAACAUUGCUCAAGAUCAGCAAGAUAACCAAAAAGCCCCGUGGCAGAGCAUUUCAGAUCAUUGCCAACAUUAUUAAACAUGUAGACCAUUUCCUGCCACUGUUGAAGCAAAAUUUCGUGUUCUUACUGCACGACUACAAGACGCCCUUCAGCACCCAUUCCCGUUGCUGGAGUUGUGAUGAGAUGAAAUCGGCAUGUAACGAGCUGAUGUGCCUGUUCGGCAAUAUCAGCGAAACUGGCUACGGCCAAGGAGAGAUUGCUCACAUCCUGCGCACCGGGGACCGAUCGCUGCAGCUGCAGGUCGCCAUCAUCGUGACGUUCGUUGUCAAGGAUCCGAAACUGCUGCACAAACUGCUGUACGAUAUGAAAAUUCUUGAUACAGUGCUGGACAUCAUUCUGGACGAGCAGGACGAAACGAGGGCUGAUUUCUACGACAUUCGUUUGAGUGCGGCCGCCUGUUCGGGUUUGACGACGAUGGCACAGAAUCUUAACAUUUGCGGUGAAGAAGAAGACACCGGUACUCCCAGCGAAACUCUGGAAGCCAAAGAAUUUGACAACACGUUGACUAUAUGUGACGACAGCGAGACCGAGGAAAAGGUAACUUUUAAGGUGAACGGUGCCGGUGGCAAUAUAGAAAGCGUUGUGGUAAGCAAGGCUCUGCUUAUCCAGGGCAGCGACGUUUUUCAGCGGAUGUUUGACGGUAACAAUUUUAUCGAAUCGAAGAAGAACGAAGUUCACCUACAGGAAGACAUCACCGUCGAUGGGUUGAAAUACUUUUUCUACCUGAUAAGACUGCAAACUGUAAACAAGCUAACGGGAAUGGCUCCACCACCGAAAAGAAUAGAAGCUAGUUUGGAUGCUCUCAGUUUGUCGCAAAAAUACCUACUGCCAGUGGUCGAACGUUCAGUCCAAAACAUUGUGAAAACGCUUCUGAACGAUGACUGCGUACUGAACGUAUUUGAAUGGUCCCUGAAAAACUUCAACCAAGAACUACUUGUGGCGUCAACCUACUACUUUCUGUACUCAGACAUCAGCGGAACUGCGAAGUGUAAGCUCUUCCGAGCGGCAAACAAAUCCACUUACCGUACCCAGUGGCGGAAACUUUUGGACGAAACGAUCCGGUUCCGAAUACAGCCAAAUCCCGAAUAGGCUUGUACUGUACCGCUUAGCUAGAUGUUACUCGUAUAUUUCCUAUUAUAUUAAUAGAGACUCUCAGCGUUAGAGACUAUUGUUCAUUUUAUAUUGCAAAUAUUUAUGUAUUAUGUAACCGCUCGUUAAAAUUAUUUUUAAAUGUACAUUUUACACAUUCCAUCAGUAGCCAACCUUUUGAUGUGUAAAUAA